AUGACAACUAUUAAGGAGAACAAUAGAUUUGCAUGUCCACACCCAGAUUGUAAUAAAUCCUUUUCGAGGCAAGAACAUUUAUCAAGACAUAAGUUAAAUCAUUGGCCCAAAAAAAUCUAUAAAUGUACUUAUGUCAUAUCAAGAAAGAAAAAUGAUUUAGAUCCAUCAAAUACUGAACCUACAAGCGGUGAUGAUGAUUCUUUAAACGUUAUGAUUUGCAAUAAAACAUUUGUACGAAAAGAUUUACUCGUGAGACAUGAACGUCGUCAUUUUAGGAGACGUAAAUCUUCUACAAAUACAAAUUCAUCAACCAAUAACACAAAUAGUCCCGAAAAUACUGGAAUAAAAUCAAAUUCAAAUAGUAUUAGUCCAAGUUUACGUAAUACAAAUAUUCAUCAUAACAAUUAUUCCUUUAUAAAAGAUAAUCCGGUUGAUCCUCAAGGGCCGAUCCUUUCAGAUUUAAAUGAUAUGUUUCUAUUAAACACCCCUUUUUUCAAUUUAGAUCCUCUUAUAACUUUUAGACAUCAAAAUACAUUAAAUAAUAAAAUUAAUGCCUCAAAUACAGUUCCUGUUUACGAUGAGAAUUACAAUAAUAAUCUUCCUCCGCCAUUAUCUAAUAGAAACCCAUCUCAAACCCAAUUAAAUGGUCAAUCGACUUCCUCUCCAACUCCAUUUUCCUCAAAUUCUUCUAACUUUAGUCAGCAUUCAAAUUCAAAUUCUAAUAAUAAUGCCUUAAAUUCAAACCCAACUUUGACCUCAGAAUUAAUUGAUGAUGAAAAUUCGAUAUCUAAUCAGAUAAAUCCAAGCCUCACUAAUAGUACAAACAUUAUCAAUCUCGAUACUAGUAUGGCAGCUGAUAAUAAUAAUCCAAAUCAGAAUUUACUUGAUGAAAAUGAUAAUCCAUAUCCAUUUGCACCUGAACUAUCAAACUCUAAAAAUGAACUAACAGAUCAAAUUUUAGAGGGCUCUAAUGAGGGCCAGAAUAACAAUAGUAAUGAACCAAAAAUAGAUCCUAUUAAAUUAACACCAAAUUUUUUCCAUGCAGAUGGUCCUUCAAAAUAUUUUUUAUCUGAUGAAACCAAAAAAAAUUUAGUAACAUUAAUCCCAGAUAUUAAAUCCAUAGCAAUAUCAGAUUUGAGAAAAUCGGUCAAAUCUUAUUGGAGAAACUUUCAUCCUCAAUUUUCAUUUUUACACAAACCUUCUUUUCAUAUAGAUAACGCCCCGCAAAUUCUUAUUUUAGCAAUGAUUAUGACUGGAGCAAGUUUUCUAGGUCCAGAGUUUAGACAUUCUGUUUCAGAUACCAUAUGUGGUCCUCUUCGAUGGAUUAUUUUCACCCACCAAGAUUUCCAACCUCCAUCUGCCACCUAUAUCAUUCAAAGUUUGUUACUAUUAGAAACUUACGAGAAAUUUCAAACUAAUAGAUAUUUACAUGAGAGAUCACAUAUUCACCACGGUACAACCAUUCAACUUUUACGUAGAACUCCGGUGCUCAAUGAUAAUCCUGAAAAAUUCAUCUAUACUCAAGAUAUUGAUAAUAAUAACCUUCAAGAGAUUUUCCAUAAAUGGAUCAAUUAUGAAAUGUUAAAAAGAGUUGCAUUGUAUGCUUUCUACAUCGAUACUACACAUGCAGUAAUUUUUGGUUACUCGAAUUUAUUUAUCACAUAUAAUCAAAUUCACUUAAGCCUACCAUGUGCAGAUGAUAUAUGGGAGGAUGAAAAUAUUACUUAUGAAACUUUAAUUACUCAUGAUGUUUUAAAUGAAAGUAGAAAUGAAAAUUGCUCAUAUUUAUAUUCUCUUAAGAAAUUAUUUGUGGAAGCUAUAGCAGUAUACAACCAUCCUAACCGCCCUAUAAUGCACAAUGAUUGGAACAUCAAAAGUUUAUUUGGUAAAAAAUUGCUAUUAGCGGGUAUAAUUUCAAUAAUGUUUCAAUGCCAAUUCGAUACAGAUAUGGAUUUAUUUACAUUUGUUACACAUUCUUAUAAGGAUACAGGAUAUAAUAGAAAUGCUUAUCAAGAGGGCGACUUGGAGAAUAUGAAGAUAAAUAGCAAUUCUGGUACUUCUGGCAUUUCACCAUCUCCAAGUUCCUUAGAAAAUAUGUCAGAAAGUAGCUUCAAUGAAGAUAGUGCAAGAGCAAAUUGGAAAGAAAUCAUAUCAUUUGCUAUUAAUUAUUGGUUUUGUAGGAUCCAAAGAAGUUGUACUACUCUAGAUGAUACCAUGUUCUUACCAUCAAAAGUUCCAAAGGUAAGUGAUUUGAGUCUUUUAAAACCUUCAAUAUAUGCAGAUGGUGAUACAAAUGACGGUAGUACAAUGGAGCCAUCCUAUGAAUUUCAAUUUCCUGAUUAUGAUAAUGCAGAUGAUACUGGUAACGUUAAUUUAUUAGACAUGGAUGAUAAUUCUUGCAAAUUAUCUGUGUAUCAUAUGUCGCAGAUUAUUCUAAGGAUUUUCCAUUAUGAUUAUUAUAUUUAUGCCGGUGCACCCUGGAGAAUGAGCGUUAAGUUACAAAUUAAUGAGUAUGAAACAAUAAGAAGCCGUGUACAAUCGUUUGCGUCAAAUCCAGAUGCUGGUGGCGUUGCAAUGAUAUAUGCAUUAAAUCUUAUGUUUGAAUUGUUACUUGUACGUGACCCGGUAACCCAAAACUUUAAAUUAAGGGAAUAUGAUAUAAACGCUGAUUGUUGCAUACCAAGGCCAAAUAGCUUAGGGAAUAUUACUCUUUUGAUUUGGUCAUACAAUUUUGUUCUUUAUGGUCCUGAAGCUCAAAUCUGGGAUAACUCUGAAGUUACAUCAACUGAUCCAAAUUUGACAACGACGCAUUCGACACUGGCUACAUUAUGCAGUACAAAUAAUCUGGAAAAAAAAGAAGCAUAUAAACCAACUGAAAGCGUAUUAGAAUAUUUAUCAAGAUUAUAUCCAUUGUUAAAAUUUGAAACAACUUCUGAUACUGUGAAGUUUCAUAGAGAUGUUAAAUUGAAAGCAUUAGCCUUACAAAAAAUACCUGGUAAAAAUAAUAUGUGUGGCUUAAUUAAAUACAUUCGUGACCUGUUUUUGAAAUCCUACUGGGAAUUAGGCAGGGAAUUUGGUAGACUACUGGAUAAUUGCUUUGAACGAAGUUUAGGUAGGUCUACUAUAACUUGUCAUACUAUGUUCGAAACAGUUUAA